AAAUAUUAGGCCUCUUUUAAGUUUCUUUAGGCCUGUCACUGAAACUAUGGAGACUGCCGGAGAAACGGCGCAAGCUCCGUCUCCAGCACCGGAGAAACAGUGGGGUGAGAAAGUAUCAGAAGCAGUGCUCUCGGUAUACCACCGUCUACCGAAGAAAGGAAAACCUCAAGGCCGUGAAGUCACUGUUUUGGCUGCUUUUCUUGUAUCUUCACCUUCACAAGAACUGAAAGUGAUUUCGCUGGGAACGGGAACAAAAUGCAUAGGCCGUUCGCGACGGAGUUCGAAUGGAGAUGUUGUGAAUGAUUCGCAUGCUGAAAUUAUCGCAAGAAGAGCUCUACUAAGGUACUUGUAUUCAGAGAUUCAAGAUGUUUACAAUAGUCAUGCACGUAGCAAUGGAAGUGUGUUAUGUGAUGAUGUGGACAACUUCAUGUUCCAUUUGGAGAGUGAUGGUUUAGGAACAAAAAAAUUGAAAAUGAAGCGCGGGUGGCAGUUACAUUUGUACAUUUCACAAUUACCCUGUAGUUUCUUUGCAGGUGGAGUUGCCUCACCAGGUUCAGAGCUUGCUUUAUUGCAUGAUAGUCCUGCAAAGAAUGGGGACAUGAUGUGCCCAUCUAUGCAACUUAGUUAUUCAAAAGGGGACUCGUCGGGAUAUACUGCUAUGAAUGAUGGUUCUUUCCCCAUACCCCUUGGUACAGUCAUGCGAAAACCUGGCCGUGGAGAUACAACUUUGUCAGUCAGCUGCUCUGAUAAAAUUGCCCGUUGGAACGUGGUUGGUGUACAAGGAGCUCUACUUUCUUACUUCUUGGAGCCAAUUUAUAUUUCUUCUGUGACCAUUGGACAAUCCCAUAUAGCUUCAAAAACCUCUAUUAUUGAAGAUGAAGUGAUGAGGGCUACAUACGAGCGUAUCUUACCAUUGUCCAACAAGUUAAUGGAUCCAUUUCAAGUAAACAAGCCACUUGUCUUUGUUGCGUCAAUUCCACCCGAGGAGUUUCAACAUUCUGAAACUGCUCUGACUACUUUAACAUGUGGGUACUCCAUAUGCUGGAACAACUCUGGAUUGCAUGAAGUCAUUCUUGGAACCACUGGCAGGAAGCAGGGCACUUCUGCAAAGGGCGCUAUGUCUCCUUCCACCGAGUCUUCUUUAUGCAAGAAGCGCCUUUCGGAAUCCUUCUUAUCACUGUCAUGUAAUUGCUUAGGUGAACAUGCUUUCGUUGGGAACUCUUAUCGAGAACUAAAGGAUAAGUCGCAAGAAUAUAAUGUAGCUUCAGAAACCUUUAAAGGAAGUUCAAAUUUCAAGAACUGGUUUCUGAAACCUCAAGAUUUUGAGGCCUUCUCAUUCAUGGCUCCGUGAGUUUAUUGCAAGUGAUUCAGAAGAUAUUGAGUCUUGCUGGGACAAUGGUGGAUCUGUGAAUGAUUUCGACAGCUAAAAACGCUUAACAUGGUCCAUGGGUGACAUGAUUUUGCUUCAGAGGCUGAUAAUUUGAGCCCCUUCUGGGCUAACUCCAUUGAAUUGACAGGGGAAUUGCUGAAAUCAUCUGAUUCAUGUUUUUGCUUUGUUGAAGUGUCUGUUAGUUUUGUGUCUUUUAGUGAGAAUGAAGCUACGUAAUUAGGAUGUCUCAGACUAAUACUUAUAAAAUUUUUAUACUACUCAAUACUCUUCUUGGAGGAAGACAUAACAUUAUAUUGUGUUGGAACUUCACAAUGGCGUUCUCAAGAUAUUCAUGACCAUUUAGGAAAAGUAGAUGAUUAAAAGAA